UUCAGAAAUUGAUUCUAUUGCACAAGCAACCAGCUCUCUUCUUCGAUGGCUCUCUUUAAUCCAACCCUUUCCUUCAACAUUUCCAACUCAAUUACUCCUCAACGCCGUCGUUUUGUGCUCUCCCCUCGUACCUUUACGCCGAGGGCCACCGUAGCUGCCGAUGUCUCAUCUUCCUCCACCGCCGCCGCCGCCGAUAGAGUCGGACCGCCGAAGCUCCUACUCGAAGUCAAAGACCUAACCGCCAUAAUUGCCGACUCCAAGCAAACUAUUCUGAAAGGCGUUAAUCUCACCGUCCGCGAAGGCGAGGUUCAUGCUGUGAUGGGGAAGAAUGGUUCUGGGAAGAGUACAUUUGCUAAGGUUCUUGUCGGUCAUCCAGAUUAUGAAAUUACAGGAGGUAGUGUAACAUAUAAAGGGCAAGACCUGCUUGAGAUGGAACCUGAGGAAAGAGCUAUCGCUGGUUUAUUUAUGAGUUUUCAGUCUCCAGUUGAAAUACCUGGUGUUAGCAAUAUUGACUUCUUGAAUAUGGCUUAUAAUGCUCAAAGGAGAAAACUCGGACUGCCCGAGCUGGGGCCAAUUGAGUUUUAUGGUUAUGUGGCGCCUAAGCUCGAGAUUGUGAAUAUGAAGAUAGAUUUUUUGAACAGAAAUGUCAAUGAAGGAUUCAGCGGUGGAGAAAGAAAGCGCAACGAGAUUUUACAGCUUGCGGUUCUUGGUGCAGAAGUGGCCAUAUUAGAUGAGAUUGAUUCCGGUUUAGAUGUAGAUGCUCUUCGAGAUGUAGCAAAAGCGGUUAACGGACUUUUGACUCCAAAGAAUUCAGUUCUGAUGAUUACCCACUAUUUACGCCUUUUGGAAUUCAUUAAACCGACCUAUAUCCACAUCAUGGAGAAUGGCAGGAUAGUGAAGACUGGAGAUAUAUCCUUGGCUGAAACUCUGGAAAGAGAAGGCUACAAGGCAAUUUCCGGCACUUAGGUACGGACAAAAACGCCCGAGUUUUCCUCUUGAAUUAGACCUACAAAAAUUGUGAACUUGGGAAGUGCUUAUUCUCGCAGUACAUUGAUUUUGCUACGGUCAAAAGUAUGCAGUCACUUUACUGGCGCUAGAGGUUGAAAUUGAAUGUAUGCUUCGGAUUACGCGAGAUCUAGUAUUGGCAAGAAAUUCCCUAGCA